GAAAUCUCAUUGGCUGCUACCAGCCCAUUUUGAAAACGUAUGAUAAUUUGAGGCGGAGGGAAAGUUCAAACCUGUAGCAACAGAAACGGUAAAAAGUCAUAACAAGCAGCAAGCUACAAUGAUCAGACAAGGGAAGGGUAAAACCCCCCGCAGGCCUCCUCCUAAAAAGCCUUCCAGCAACCAGAAAGACCCUGUUGGGGUGUACUGCCGUGUACGUCCUCUGGGUGCGGAGGACAAUGAGUGCUGCAUUGAGGUCAUCAGCAGCACUACCAUCCAGCUGCAUGCCCCUGAAGGCUUCAAAACAAACCGCAAUGGAGAGUACAAAGAGACACAGUAUUCCUUCAAAAAAGUCUUUGGGGUUUCAGUAACUCAGAUGGAGCUGUUUGAGCAUGUGGCCAAACCUCUUGUUGAUGACCUCAUCCAUGGAAAAAAUGGCCUGCUCUUUACCUACGGGGUGACAGGAAGUGGGAAAACGUUCACCAUGACUGGCUCUCCAGGCCAGGGUGGACUUCUACCUCGCUCCCUCGACAUGAUCUUCAACAGUAUAGGCCCCUACCAGGCCAAAAGAUAUGUUUUUAAGACAGAUGAUAAAAAUGGUAUGGAGGUCCAGAGUGAAGUUGAUGCUUUGUUGGAGCGCCAGAGGCGGGAAAACAACUUGCCUGUUCCUAAAACAACCUCCUCAAGACAAAAGCUGGAUCCUGAAAUUGCAGACAUGAUUAAGGCGGAGGAAGCUUGUAAAGGAGAUGGUAUGGAUGAGGACAGCAGCUACAGCAUCUUUGUCUCCUACAUAGAAAUCUACAACAACUACAUCUAUGAUCUGCUGGAGGAAACUCAGGAAGAUGUAAUCAAACCAAAGUGGAAUGGUGGAGGCACACCUGUGCGCCAGAACACUGAGUUCAUACCACCUCAGUCUAAAAUCCUCAGAGAGGAUCAGAAUCACAACAUGUAUGUUGCUGGUUGUAUGGAAGUCGAGGUCAAGUCUGCUGAGGAGGCAUUUCAAGUGUUCUGGAGAGGUCAGAAGAAGAGGAAGAUUGCGAACACCCGGCUGAACAGAGAGUCCAGCCGUUCCCACAGUGUGUUCAUUAUUAAACUGGCUCAGGCUCCUCUUGAUGCAGAUGGCGACAACAUUCUCCAGGAUAAGAGCCAGGUGACUGUCAGUCAGCUGUGCCUGGUAGACUUGGCAGGAAGUGAGCGCACUGGUCGAACAGGGGCAGAAGGCACUCGUAUACGUGAAGCAGGUAACAUUAAUCAGUCUUUGCUGAAUCUGCGGACGUGCAUUGAGAUACUUCGAGAGAACCAGAUGUGCGGUACAAACAAGAUGGUCCCCUACAGAGACUCUAAAGUAACCCAUCUGUUCAAGAACUACUUUGAUGGGGAGGGAAAAGUCAGAAUGGUUGUUUGUGUCAAUCCCAAGGCUGACGACUAUGAGGAAACCUUGCUGGUGAUGCGGUUUGCAGAGAUGACCCAGGAGGUGGAGGUAGCUCGGCCAGUGGACAGGCCCAUCUGUGGCUUCACUCCAGGCCGCCGUAAUAGAAACCAGGCCUUUAAAGAGGAACUGUCUCGCAGGCUGGAGGAGCGUGGUGGUCCAAUAGACAGGGACGUGUCCUCUGUUAUAAACCACCUGGUGCACAGCCUCCCACCUCUACCCUCGUCUGAGCUGACUGACCCUCACGAUGAUAUCACCCUGCCCAGGCUGAUCGAGGCUCUGCAGAACAGACACAGGAUCAGGCAAAUGAUGAUUGAGGAAUACAACAAAGCAGCCAACAUGUUGAAGUCUAUGAUUCAGGAGCUGGAUAGCAACUUCAUUUCCAAAGACAACUUUAUUCACGAACAAAACGGCAAACUAGUGGAGAAAGACAAAAUCAUCCAGGCCAAUAAGGCAGAUAUCGAACGCUUGGAGAAGAAAACCAAAAUGCAAGAACACAAGAUUGACAUCCUGCAGAAAACAACUAAAAUUUACGAGGAUGACAAGCGCUCACUGCAGCAGGAGCUGGAAACCAGAGGCCAUAGGCUGCAGAGGGAGCUGUCUGAGAAGAGACGCAUGGAGCAGCGUAUGCAUGGUGUGGUCACAGACACCCAGCAUAAGUGGGAGAAAGAAUGUGAGAGACGUGUUAAUGCAAUGCAGCUGGAGAUGCAGAACAAGCUCUGGGUCAAAGACGAGAAGCUGAAGCAGCUCAAGGCCAUCGUGACAGAGAGCAAGACCCCAGGUCGCCCUGAUCCUCCGCCGCGUCAGACGCAGCCUCAGCGGCCUUCCAGAGAGGAACGCCUUCCUGCUAAGAGAUCGGCCUCGCCCUCACCUGCACCUUCUUUUCACUUAGCUCCCCAGUGCCCAGUUGAUUCUCCCCGUGUCAGCCCAGAGCCAGAGCAAAAGCCAGGGUCACAGCCAUUCAGUGCCACUAGAGUUGAGGAGGUUGAGAUGAGUCCAAGGCCCACCUGUCCCAUCCCCAGUACCGGUAGCUCACUGUCUGUGGCUAGCUGUAUCUCCGCAUGGGAGCAGCGGGCGCCUCAGGACAGCAGACAGGGUUUCCAUUCACCUAGUACACCCACGAGAACACCGCCCCCAGCAGCUCCUUCAGCCAGCCGAGCCAGGAGGAGAGCUCUGUGUUGGGCAAGAGAGGAGGAAGAGGCCUGCUCCUCAUCCCCUACGUUUGAUCUAGACCUAAGUGAGAGAAGCUGCAGGACGGUGCCACCAGUACGACCGUUGCACCGUCGCUCUCGGUCUGCUGGCGGGGAAAAGUGGGUGGACCACAAGCCCACCUCCAACCUGGACUUGGGUACAGUUUUCCAGCCUGUCAUCACCAAUGCCAUCCAAGUGUCUGCACCCAGCGAGAAGGCUCUAUCGAAGUGCGACAGAUAUGUGUUGACGCACCAGGAGGUCGCCUCUGAUGGUGAGAUACAGACCAAACUUAUUAAGGGCGAGGUGAUUAAAACCAGAGGAGGAGGACAAGCUGUCCAGUUCACUGACAUUGAGACUCUGAGACAGGAGGUCACCUCAGUCCCAGGCCGUAAGAGGAAAUCUUCAGAAGGCGCUCCCAACAAUGGAGAUCAACCAGAUGGAGCUUGGACUGAUGUGGAGACAAGGUGCUCUGUGGCUAUGGAGAUGAGGGCUGGAUCAAACAUGGGUCCUGGUUUUGAACAUCAUGGGAUCACCAAGCGCAGAAAACCCUAAAAGCAGUCGACAGCUGCUCCAGUGAUCACUCCCCUCCACACUAUCCUCACCUGGCUGCUGUGCAAUAGUCUAACUUUUUUAUAUUUAGCUCUAGUGAUAAUAUUUAAACAUUUUUCCAUGCUUUUAUAUAUGCAGAAGUGUAUAUACAUGGGGUCACCAAAGCUGUUUUGUAAAAUAUUUUAUAUGUUGUAUUUGAACCAAUCGAAAACAAGUGUUGCGUGAUUUAGCUGAGGAUGCUGGCACGUACUUAGUUACUGUGGCCCUGAAAAGAGUCUUUGCACCUUUGUGUGUAAUGUAGUCACAUUUGUUACUUGGCACAUAAGGAGCUGUUGUAGCUGCCAUGAUACUGAUAUUUUUUUUUGUCUGCUACAUUCUGUCUCUGGAUUGGAGAAUCAUAUUGAGCUUCAAGUAGAGUUUGAAAAAUCCACUUCUUUGUGAAUUUCUGUCUAUACAUUAAGAAAACUAAGCUCACUGUACACGCAGGAAUAAAGUUCCUUUGAAGUA